AUGAAUGAAAAUUUUGAAGCUUUUAUUCUUCUCAAAGAUGCUGACGGCAGAUUCUACGAUGAACUUUCUGAACGGUUUACUCAGACAGUUCACCUUGACGAAGGAAGUCUUUUGCGGUGUCUGUCUGAGGUAUCUGGCAGAAAGCUGUCAAAACAACUGGAAAGAUGUUAUGAGGAUAUGAAAAGUGUUCAAGAUCCAGCAUACUUGCAAUCUUUAGAAGUUGCUAAUGUUGGAAUCAUUGUUUCUGCAAGUUUGAUUCGUGAACUUAGUGUUUAUCAGCUAAACAUAUUGAGGGCAAUCACAGAUCCUGUAGCUCGACUGGCUUUUUUCAACAACAGUAUUGGUUUCAGAUAUGUUGAAAGUUUAAAAAUUGGUGACGAAGUUCUUGUUCAGUUAUCCUCUGGUCCACAGCCACAGUACUAUCGAAAUGGUACGAUCAAUUGGAUUCGUGAAUUGCCAGGUUCUAAAGGUCUCUAUUUUGGAAUUCUAGUCAAGAAUUUUUCGCAGAAGGAUGGAACGGAAACUUCAGAGGCUUACUACAUUACCGGCGAUCAAAUCCGCCGUCCGAGUCCAAAUGAUAUUCAAGUCACAUCUUUUUUCGGUCCUUAUCCGGUGACUGUUAUAAAAGUGGAAGGCGAACCAUAUGUUCCAAAUUUUGUGGAGAAGUUGAAGCAGGAAAGCUUAGCUGCUGGUGUAACAGGACAAAGGAAAAGUCGUUCAGAAAAAACGGGAACUUACCGCAGUGUGCGACGACGUGCAGCAAGCCAUCCUUCUCGUUCAAAAUUAGAAAGGUAUAUUUCUUAUAAUUUUUAA